AUGUCUUAUAACAAUAUCGGACUUACUACUCCUCGUGGUUCAGGAACCUCUGGUCAUGUACAAAGAAAUUUAUCAAAUAUCCAAUCAAGAGAUUCACAUUCUAUCCAAUCUAGACCAAAGUAUGAUCAAGAUUCAUCAUUUAAACAUCGAAAACCAGAUGAUUCGAUCUUGGAACAUGAUCGAAAACGUCGAAUCGAAAAUAAAUGUGUAGAAUUACAAAUCACACUUGAAGAAGAUGGAUUAGAUGAAAGUUUAAUUGAAAUUCAAGUUAAUGAAUUAAGAAAUAAAUUAUUAUCUGAAGAUCAAACUAAAGAAAAAUUAACUUUAAAACCUCAUCAAACACACGAAUUAGCAGCAUUGAAAGCUAAAGAGAAUGAUAAAUUUCGAUUAGCAAUGGGAGUAAAAUCGAAUUAUGUAGAAGGAGAAGCGUUUAAUAAAGAGAUCCAAUUACAAAAAAAACAACAAGCAAUAGAAGAAAGAGAAAAGAGAGAUCAAGAAAGAGCCAUCCGAAUCUCAGCACAAAAAGAAUCACGUCAAGAACGUGAAAAACAUCAAGAA